AUGAACGAAUAUUUCAAGCGCAAGUCUUCGGAAUGGAAUAUUUCGGACUUUUUGGAAGAAUGUGGUAUAGAAGAAUUUAAGCAGAAAAUAGAAGUUUACCUUACGUCCCUCAAGACCAUCGCUAAUACUCAGCAAGACAAAAGGAGCGAACGAGCACAAGAAAGGACCUUGAGUCCUUGUGUUAUUCAAGUCUUUGAGACGAGCUACGAAGCUAAUAAUGGCCAGCCGGGGCCAGAUUAUAAAUUGGCGCGAGAUUGGGAGAAAAAUCACAAUAAACCAGCCAAAGUCGGUGUUCACUUAAACAAUUCAACAAUUACGGCCAUCAACAGCAACAUUGGGAGUGAAAGUUACAUCGGUGGAACGGUAAAUGCCAGAGCUUUGCUUAGGAAAUUGCCUCAAAAAAGAAAAUCGGCGAAUAAAAGCCAGGCAGAACCGGAUGAGAAGAGUCUAAACCCAGCAAAAAUGUGGACCCUUGAAUCAUCUGGCCGUAUUGUUGAGAAGAUCAUUUAUGAACAUGCACGAACUUUAAAGCAUGAAUCUCAUUUACAUUCCUUUAUUCUUAACGAUGUCGAUAAGAAAGCACAAUCAUUAUUCCGAAAAGAAGAGUGGGAAGAAAUAUUCUCUUUAAACCUUAAAGUUGUACCGAAGAUCGAUAAAUCAAUUACUGAGCUCAUGAAAAAAUAUUCGAUUGAUCUUAUACGUGGGGAAGGCUCAAGUAUGGCAUCUAGUGAUAGAAAAAAUGAUGACACGGAUUGUGAGGAAGAUCGAAAGAAGAUCGGAAGGAAAGGAGAUGGGGUGUUUAGAUUGAAUGGAGAUAGGUUGGAAUUUGGGGCUAUUGAGGCCGGAAAGAAAUGGGAAGGAAAAAACGGAAAAAAAUACAUUACUGACAGCUUGAAACUUAGUAAGAUGCUCAGGGAUAUGCUAGUGCAACUUGCAAAAGAAUGUAAUAAUGAUGAACAAAUUGUUAGGAAAUUACAGACCGUUGGGAUGUUACAUAGUGCCAAUCGAUUUCAACUCCUUACUUUGGAUGCUCCAAAGGGAUAUAUUUGUCGAAUUCGACGUUUUGACUUUCACGAAGUUGCUAGUCAUAUAAAUAAUCCACCAUUAGCAUUUGUGCUAAAAGACAUUUUAAGAGCAAAGGCAAUUAUUAAACAGACAUUAGAAUUAGUGCAAGAAAAGAAAUCUGAUCUUGAUGAUCUCGAUGAUUUUGAUGACGAUGGGAGGGAAGUUAAUAGAUCAGAACGGUGUACAACUCCUCCAACAAUUACUUUAAACAAAACCCACAAGACUCCAGAAAAAAAAACA